AUGUUUAAAAUAAAUAAUCAAUCUUUAAUUCGUCGCCUAUUAGCUGAAUAAAAAAUUAUUUGAUUAUUUAUCAAUGUAAUUAAAAUAUGGCGUCUUCGUCUAGGUAUGGCCUCACGGCCAUACAUCCUCGACUCGUAUUUUAAUUAUAUCCGGCAAGGUUUUUCUAGCUUAAAAUGGACGGUAAUGCCACGGUAAUCAAUUCUGCAGGAGGCAGAGCCUGGCCCAAGUCCAACUUCAAGACUGGCUUUUACCCUCCAAGGAAAGGAGGUUCAGAUUUGGAAAGGGCAAGCCCAGCAAAGUCUACAGGUAAUACCUAGACCAAUCAGGCAACUGCCUAGCGUGAAAGUGGGCGUUACGUCCCAGGAUCUGGACUUUAUCCUUUUGCCGAUAGGCUCAUUUUUUGGAAUUUCGGAAUGCCAACUUCGUUUUCCCUCAGCCUCAGGAGGCCGCACAAACCCGUAAUCUGCCAAACUCAACACUGGAGUCUUUUACAAGAGACAAGGAGGAGACCCGACGGAAGGAAGGUUGCAAAGCGGAUGAAUCCCCCAAGGGAUCUUCGGUGAUUGCGUUAAAAUUAAGAGCGCGAGCCUGUCUACUUAAGCUAAGUUGAGAUUAUUUAUCAAUACUAUAAAUGUCAGGGAUUUGGAAACUAUAUGCCAGGCCAUCAAACCGUGAAGAAGGGCAAGUUGUAGAAGGUCUUCGCGGUAUGGGGGAAGUAAAAUAUUACACUGGAAAUGAGUAUUACGGAAAAGAUAGUACCAAAGGAUUUUGGUUUAACUUUAAGAUGGCUCUCUGCUAUGGAUUCGGACUUUGGAGCUAUGCUUAUUGUACAAGAAACGGAAUUAAAGCUCACUCCCCCCUUUAAAAUUAUAAGGAAAAAUUCUAUUUCAAUUAAUUAUUUUAAAACUAAAAAAAUAUAAAUUGAAUCCAAUAUUUUGAAUCUUAAUUUGUUUUUAUAAAGAAUUAAUUCAAAAAGUUAAUUUAUUCGUGUGAAACUGUUUAAAUAAUAUUAUAAUUUAACUUUUUUUCUUUAAUUAGAUCAAAACUAAUUUUAAAAAAUAGUAUUUUUGCACACAUUAAAAAAAUUGUUCCAAUUUAAAGUACCCAAAAAAUCGAAAUUUGCCUAUAUUUGUUCCAUUUUAAAGGGGGGAGGCAGAGAUGGCUUUCUUCCUUAAUUUUGACAGCAGUCCCUUGCACUUAUUUGCUUAUUUGGCAUGGGGAUGAUGUUCCAGUCGGAAAUUCAAGAAGACUAAGUUUGGAAGAGCGUCUUAAUUUUUAUCCAGUCACUAGAAGAGCACUUGAGCGUGCUGUAGAAGAAGUUCUUAAUGAGCCUAAGCCUUCUAAAAACUAA